AGGACCGUCUUUCCAGUCGCCGAUGUUCUUCUUUAAGAUACCUUUCUCACUUCCAUGGACAAAGUACUAAAUCCGAGAUCUCCCUCACUGUUGUCUCUUUAUAUCGUUGCUUUCAGCCCUUUAACAUAACCAAAGCAACAACCCCUCCAUUCCUUGAAGCUUCCCCCCCGAGUCCCUCUUCUGACCACACAAUGAAGAUGAAGAGAUGGUUGCAACAGCCGCAGGACGCCAAGCAAGCCAAGGCGGCAGACGAGAUCGCGGCGGUCCUGAAGCGGUUCGGGGACGAGCAGAGCACGCUGCUGGACCGGUUCGAGCGGCUCUCCGUCGAGGUCCAGCUGAACCAGGCCAUGCUGGGGAGGAGCCUCUCCGACCCGAGCCUCGCUCAGCCCGCCCACCCAAGGGCAGACCGCAGUUCAGCCCACAGAGGCACGGCGGCGGCCGAGCGGCGAGGCCAUGGCGGACCGUCGAGCUUCCGAAGGGUGCUCAAGAAGUUGUUCGGGCCCAUUCUCGGUAAGAAGAGCUCAGGAAGCAACAAUGUAGUAGGUGCUGCAGCGGCAGCAGCAGCAGCAGAAGCGGAUUCCAGGAUUCCCAACUACCAGUAUUCCAAGGCUUUUAGCAGAUCGCUGAGGAUCUAACAAUUAAGGAAAAUUCUCCGCCGCGGCAAUCACAGUCGUCGGAUUUUGUGGGACCGAUGCUAUGUGAUUGACACGAUCUGUCGCGGAUCAGAGUCCAGGCAAGUAUUUGCCCUGAAUUUGAUCCUGUCUUUGUUUCUUUUCCUGUUCUAAAAGCUAGUCUAUGUCUUGUAAAAAUAGUGCUGCGGAAUAAAGAGGUGUUGCUCUUUUACUUUUCUGACUUAGCAAA